AUGGUAUUUUUGUGGUUUCUUCUUAUUACAAAAACACGUCCCACUGGAUCUCCCGGUCUUGCCAAGUUUCUUUUGGCUGUUGGUGUAAUCAGAACAGUUUCAUGUGGUGGAUGGGUCUAUAUUACAUCUUCGGAUGAUCACGACGUGCAUGAUAUUGCCAUGAUCGUUUAUCUGGUUUGCACUCUACCAUGGAUGUUUGGUGUGCUUUCGACUACGCCACGGGCUUCUCAUAGUAAUUCGUUAAAAUAUCGGCGUUGGCUCUGUAAUGCAUUUUUUGCAACUUUAAUGCCUAUGAUCUAUUUUUUCAUUCAACAUAAAGUUCAUAGAGUCAAAACUGCUUAUACAUAUUAUUCAUUUUUUGAAUGGUCUCUCAUCCUAUACGACGUUGCUUUUGAUGCCAUUACUUCCUUUGAUUUUAAGAAUUUCCAAUUGGCCAUCAUAGAUGUCUCUGGCACAUCCACAAUUGCUGAAAGUAAUGCAGG